UAUUUUUCACAAGUUCACGUCACUUGUUGGUAAUACAUGUCUGGCUAUUUAUGGUCAACAAUUUUUUUUAACGAAUCUUAUUAGAUAUGCUUGCAUGAACGAAAGAGUAUAUUUUAUACUGUUAUUAAAAAGAAAAAUAUUUCCAAAUUCACAAAAAUUCCAAUAUUAAAGGCAAAAGAUUAAAAAAUUUUGAAAUUAAAAAUUCCCCAAAAAUGCAUUAUAAAUUUUUUACAUUCUUUUUCGUAUUGUGCGUCAUAUUUAUGAUGGAAUUUGACCAAUCAAAUGGACAAGGAAAUGAAAUUUGCAGACUGCCACUAUUGACUGGACGCUGUCGAGCAAAUUUCGAACGAUAUGGCUAUGUUCCUUCAGCAAGAUCAUGUCAACAAUUUACAUAUGGUGGAUGUGAUGGAAAUGCAAAUAAUUUUGAAUCAAAGAGUGCAUGCGAAGAAUUUUGUACAGUCUGUCGUUUGCCGAUGAAGAGGGGAACAUGCGAUGCACUUAUUCCCAGAUACUGGUACGUAUUUUCUCAAAGACGUUGCGAGCUAUUUAUGUAUGGAGGAUGCGGAGGAAAUGCUAAUAAUUUCGUAACAAGAGAAGAAUGCGAAAGACAAUGCAGCAAUUCAAAAUAAAACUGAAAUAUUUUUAUUUUAAUGAACAAAAAAUCAAUAGAUCGACUUUGGAAUUUUUCUUUUCUGACUUUUUCUAUUUUUUUCUCUCUAAUUUCUGUUUACGAAAGUAUUUAUAGAAUUCUUGUUUCAUCAAUUAUCAGAAAAAGGAAAAUAUUAGAAAAUAAAGAGUUUAUGGAAACAAAUAAAAAA